CAAUACAUUGAAACAUUCAGCAGCUUCACAACUUCAACCAAUUCCAGCAAAUACGUGCAAGCUAACACUCUUCCGACACACCUAAACGCCUCGCGCCCUUGCGCGGGCCCGCAACGGCCAGCGGCGCUUCUGCAGCUGCAACCCUUUGGACAAAGUACCAAGAGAGGUUAAGGAAAGGCACGAUGGCCGAUGCUCAAGCUUCGUCGAUUCCCGCGACCAUGGGCACCGGCGGUCCUGCCGCUCCUGAGCCGGUGCCGCAGUCGGAGCCGCUGAGCGAGGACCAGGUUCUCAACAACGCGGGCGGUUUCGUCUUCAAGGUCGACGAUUUCACGCUGCUGCGUCGAUUCAUCAUUCUGGGCUCCGACGCCAACAACUACUACGUCUCGCGCAAGUCUGUGGACCUGGCGUCCGCCCAGUGCGUGGUGCGACUGCUGGCGGCGGGGCAGGGCGAGGCGGUGGUGAAGGAGGUCGUCGACAUCAGCCGGGAGGGACGGGCGCCCAAGCAGGCCACCGGUAUCGUGGUCCUGGCCAUGUGCGCUCGCCUGGGCGACCCCGCCACCAGCCGCGCGGCGCUGGCUGCAGUGCCGGCCGUGUGCCGCACCGCCUCCACCCUGUUCGAGUGGGUGCAGCGCUGUAAGGAGGUGGGCGCAGCGGCUGGUAUCGCCAAGACCGAGUCGGGCGCAGUCGAUGCAGCUGCCUUCGCCGCCUGGCUCGACGCUGCGUCUCGCGAUGCGAGCGCUGCCGCUCCUGCUGCCCCGUCGGGUGGCCGCGGCGGCCGCGGCGGCGGCCGUGGUGGCCGCGGUGGCCGCGGCGGCGGCAAGGAGGCCGGUGGUGGUGAGGCGCUAGGAGGCCUGGGCGGCCGCACUGGCAAGCUGAGCUGGGGCCGCGCCAUGCGUCGCACCGUGGCCCGCUGGUACCUGGACAAGACGGCGGCCGCGGUGGCGUACCAGGCGACCAAGUACAGCCAGCGCAACGGCUGGAGCCAUGCCGACCUGCUGCGACUGGCACACCCGGACCCUGAGGAGCACGCGGCCAAGCGCCGGAAGGUGGUGGAGGGCGCUGCGGCCGCUGUGAAGGCUGCGGCCGCCCCGGACACUGAGGCAGCUGCAGCCUCAGCCGAUUCAGACUCGGAGUGGGUGGUGGUGGGUGGUGGCGAUGGCGAGGCAGCUGGCUCGGAGCUGGGCGCCCUGGCGGCAGCGAUGGCGGCGGCUGCUCCGGCUGCCGCCGCCGGUGGUGACGCGGCAGCCGCUGCCGAGGCUCAGCGGGUGGCUGACCUGAAGGCCGUGUUCGCUUUCCUUACCCAUGGCACCGUGCCAGGCCAGAAGCAGGCGCCCAAGCAUAAGAAGGCUGCAGCGUCGGACGAGGCAGCUACGGACCCUGCUGUUAAGGUCGCUGAGGCGCCUGCCGCGGCUGAGGCGCCUGCCGCGGCUGAUGAGGCGCCUGCCGCGGCUGAGGCGCCUGCUGCGGCUGAGGCGGCCGCCGCGGCUGAGGCGGCCGCGUCCAUUGUGCUGAGCCCGGUGAUGCAGUACCUGGUAGAUGCCCACCGCCUGCGCAAGGAGAUCCGCGCGCCGCCGCCCCUCAAGUCCGCAGCGCGCAAGCGCGGGCGUGAGGGGGCUGAGUCGGAUGAGGAGCAGGAGGAAGAGGCGGAUCCCCAGGUGGUGGCUCAGCACGAGGCCGCAACCGCCGCUGCGGUUGAGUCGGCGCUCACUCUCAUCCGCCGGCACCGCUUCGGCCACGAGCACGUGGGUGACACCGUGCUGCUGCGGAACCCGGCGGUGUGGGGCGCGUUCCUUGAGAACGGCAUGCCGCUGACCGCUAUGAUUCGCAACCUGGGCCGCAUGUCGGAGCUUGGUCUGCUGGUGCAGCCCAGCUACCAGAAGCGCGUCACGGACCGCCUGCGCGACGCGAAGGCACUGACGGCGGCGCGCGUGCACCCCAUGACGCUUCUGGACGCCAUGUGCACCUACCGCAACGGUGGGGGCGCACGCGGCAAGGCGCGCUGGAACCCAGUUCCAGCCGUUACGUCGGCGCUGGAGGACGCGUUCUACCUGGCGUUCAAGAACGUGGUGCCCACUGGCAAGCGCUACCUGCUGGGGCUGGAUGUGAGCGGCUCCAUGGGCUGUGCCAACUGCUCUGGUAUGACGUCCCUCACUGCGCGCCAGGCGGCGGCGGCCGUGGUGAUGACGCUGGUGCGCACCGAGCCGUGGGUCAAGACGAUGGCGUUCUCGCACCAGCUUGUGGAGUUCGACGUGCGUGAGUCCGACCGGCUCGAGGAGGUGGUGCGGCGGGCGGAGCGCAUCCCCAUGGGCGGCACCGACUGCGCGCUGCCAAUGAUCUACGCGACGGAGAAGCAGCUACCCGUGGACGUGUUCGUGGUGCUGACGGACAAUGAGACGUGGUUCGGCGGCGUGCACCCGACUGAGGCGCUGAAGCGCUACCGCACCGCCAUGAAGAUGCCUGACGCCAAGCUGGUGGUGCUGGCAUUCAGCGUCAACGACUUCAGCAUCGCCGACCCCAAGGACCCCGGCAUGCUGGACGUGGCGGGGCUGGACUCGGCGGUGCCGCGAGUGGUGGCGGACUUUGCGCGUGGAGGUGUGUGAGAGGCUAGAUUAGAUGUUGAGAGGGCUGCAGUAAGGAAGUUUUGGUGAACUUGUUGUGAAUGCGCUCUCGUGUGGUGGCAAGGGCCAUGAGUAUCGGUACUGGUACUGACUGGUAUGCGGGGAGUUCAUCGUAUGUUAUCAUGUGCGGCACGCAUCGAUGUUGCAUGCGCCACGGGAGCUUUAAUGGAUGAUGUUAGCGCGGACAACGUAUGUGCUUAUGUUUCUUUUGUUGAUAAUAAAGCUUGGUUAAGGGAGCGAUGCAGGAUGUUCCGGACUUCCGGUUGCAGGCAAGUUAUGGGCAGUGAGAGGGGGCAUGGCCCGUCAUGCAGUGCAGGACAGCGCUAUUGCGAUGCUGUGUGCGCACGCAUGCAACACGGACAUCAUGGAAUGACACGUGUGAAAGAGCAGGGGUGAUGCGACCCCCGACCGACCGACCGACCGACCCCCCCUGCCGUACGACCCCCCAAAACCCCCUCAGAACCCCUUAGUUUUUUGUCAGGUUGGUGCCAAUCGACUGCUCUCGGUGAGCUCUAUCGCUAUGUAAAAUGAUCCGCCU